AUGCACUUAUACCAUCUCAACCAUCCUUCUAAUUCUACUUCAGGUAAGUUGGGUUUUAUUGCUUUGACGUUUAUUAAGAGUAUUUUUUGGCAUUUUGAAUACGAUGAUAAUUAUGAUGAGUCAACUACAUCCAUUCAGAGAAUUAGAAGAAUUAAUUUAACCAUUCCAAUUAAGAGUUUUAGGUUUGUUGGUUCCUGUAAUAGGUUGAUCUGUCUUGUUGACAUCUUCUCCUACCCAUCAUCUGUUUUGAUUUGUAACCCUAUCACAAGAGAAUAUGUUAUCCUUCCUAAAAUCAACACAUAUUCCAUCGGAUUUGGUUAUGUUUCUUCAACCAAUCACUACAAAGUUGUGGGAAUAUGUGUGUCCAAGACCGGAUUUGUAGAAGUGUACAUCUACACUCUAGGCAGUGGAAAUGGUUGGAGAAACCUUGGGAAGUUAAAUUUUGAAUUCAAUAUUCUUAAUCAGCAUGAAGCUGGUAUCUUUGCCAAUGGUGCUCUUUAUUGGAUAGACAGUAAAUUGAAAAUGAUCAUCACCUUCGAUUUAGCUAAGGAACAGUUUUGUGAACAUAUUUCACCAUCUCCUUUCCCACCGGACAGGGAUUGGUGUGAUGCUAGGAUAUGGGUUUUGGAUGGGUUUUUGUCUUUUGCUAUUUAUAUAAGGGUGGAAGGACUCGGUAUUCAUGAGACAUGGCUAUUGAAAAACAAGAAUCGUAAUCAUGACUUGAAAGAGGCAGGGGAACAUCAGUCAUUGGUUUGGAUUAAAGAGUUUAGGGUUGAUGAUAGCAAUCCAUUAGUUGUUAUGAAGAUUGAUUCUGUUUUGACUUACAGUGGUCACUGUUUCAGCAUUUACGACACAAAAACUUCAACCUCGAAACGGCUUGUGAAGUUUAACUAUGCGGUUUUUCAAGUAUACCCUCACCAUAACACCUUAGUUUCGUUGAAAGAAUUAGGCGAAGAAGAUACAAAAGUGAUGGUGUUUGUUGAAAUUAAGGAGACAAUAAGCAUUGAUUAUUCUUUAGAGCAGCUCCAGGAGGAUGGCGAACCUUGA